GGAAGACCAAGAGGUGGAUUUUCUGCUUGUUUACCUUGAUCCAGAAUUUAAAAACAAACACCAGACACCCUAGAAGCCUGAAAAAUGGAAAAUGAAACUGGUGAAUGCAAAGAGGAGCAAAACAAUUUGACCACGGGAUGUAGAGUGAAAAUGGAACAAGGACAAAACAAGAGCACUGAUGAAGGCUUUGUUAUUCUCGGAUUCAACAUCAAUGGGACUUUGCAGAACAUAUUUUUUGCUUUGUUCUUUCUCAUGUACCUCAUCACACUAUCAGGACACCUGGCUAUAGUGGUCAUAAGUUUAGUUGAUCCUGCCCUCAGCACCCCAAUGUAUUUAUUCCUACGCAACUUAUCUUUUAUUGAAAUCUGUUACACUCUGGUCUUUGUACCCGAGAUGCUGGCUAACACCUUGGCCAAGAGCAAAAGAGUCCCCUUGAUGGUGUGUGCCAUGCAGAUGUAUUUCUUUAUUGCCUUUGGGGGUACAGAGUGUUUUCUGUUGGUUGUGAUGGCCUAUGACAGGUAUGUGGCCAUAUGCCAUCCUUUACGCUACACUCUCAUCAUGAACCAAAAUCUCUGUAUGCAGCUGUUGCUGGUAGCCUAUAUCAGUGGAUUCACAAUCUCCCUGGGACUGACCAUGCUGAUUUUCAGUCUUCCCUUCUGUGGCUCACACAACAUCAACCACUUCUUCUGCGAUAUUCCACCAGUGCUUUUUUUGGCAUGUAGUGACACACAUGUCAAUGAAAUGGCUGUCUUCCUUGUUUGCAUGAUGAUUUUGCUCAUCCCUUUUGUGCUCAUUCUGCUUUCCUAUGUCUUCAUUGCCAAUUCCAUCCUGAGGAUUAAAUGCUCCCAAGGGCGUAAAAAGGCCUUCUCCACCUGUGUUGCUCACCUGGUUGUGGCUGUUCUUCACUAUGGCUGUGCCAUUUUCAUUUACAUCCGACCAAAGGCCAGCUAUUCCUUGAAUGAAGACAAGGUGGUUUCCUUGAUUUACACUAAUGUCACACCAAUGUUGUACCCCAUGAUUUACAGUCUCAGGAACAAGGAAGUUAAGGGAGCCCUCAAGAGAGUAUGGGGAAGGACUUUUGUUUCAGUAACCAGAUAG